AUGCUCCUCUUUAUUACCCUCCUGGCUCUUGCCAGUAUCUCCUCAGCGAAGCCCUUUCUGGAGCAGACCUCUGACGGAAACUGGAAUUAUGGCAACGACGUGUGGAACGCAACUCAGAGGAAGUCUAGCAGAACCGAUAAGCUCUGGUAUAAGAACAAAGAGCUCAUCGGGCGAUCCGUGGGUCACUACUACAGCUCAAGUGUUGCCGGUAAUAACUUCACCAUAACUUCAGCGCACAAAACGCAGGAGGGUGAUUUAGAUGGAGUGCCAUACCUUGACUUCUACUUCGAAUCUCAAGCCGGAGAGCAGCAUUGGGUCAUCUUCGAAGGCCAGCACGGCGCCUACCAGUACUUUGUUACGACUGGCAUGAUUAACCCUGGCGAGUUUCGUUCCCUCUGGAGACUAGACAACCGCACCUUCACACAUGGCCACAACAGUGUCCGCGACAAGGCAUUACCGAGCUUGGAGGACCACUUGACAGGUGAAUUCGUCUUCGACUCAACUUACAAGCGCCCCGAUGGUACCUACAUCACUAAAUACGACUUCGCCGAUUUCAUUCACAACUUUGAUUACUACGGGGUGUAUGGAGAAGGCUUUGGUUCCUGGUAUAUCCAUGCCGGAAAAGACUACUUCAACGGCGACCAUUUACGGCAAGAGCUGACUGUUCAUCGCGAAGUGAACACCGGUGACGUCGUUCAGCUGAACAUGCUUCAUGGAGUUCACUUCUUCGGCCCCCGUAAUAUCACACUACUUGAAAGAAAGCUAUACGGACCAUGGUUGUGGUAUCUCAACAGCGGCUCAUCUACAGAUGCUGCCAAGAUAGCCACACAAGGAAAGGCCAAUUGGCCAUACAGCUGGCUUGAGAAUGAUUCUUACCAUUCCCGCGGUACUCUGAAAGGUCGUCUUGUUCUCUCUGACGGUCGCUCCGCUUCGAAGGCGGCUGUCUUCCUCGGCGACGACAGCGCCACGCUCAGCACACUGCGUCAAGGUCGAGCUUACUACUACAACUUCUACACCGAUGAUGACGGUUACUUUGAAGUUGGAAAUAUUCGAAGUGGCACCUAUGGACUAGUUGCUUGGUCAAAUGGUAGUUCGAUCGCCGACGUCGGAACCAAUUACACAACAUACGGCGUCAAGAUUGGAGCGGACGAAACAACCGAUCUUGGGUCUUUGAACUGGGAAGUAUCAAACCGUACCACGAUCUUUCGCCUCGGCGACUUUGACCGCACUACUUAUGGUUUCAAAUUUGGUGGCGCCCCACGAGAAUACGGCUUGACUGAGCUUUGCCCGGCUGAACUGGUUUACGAGGUCGGCACCUCAACGGCGACUGAUUGGUGCUACGCGCAAACCAAGAAAGGCAACUGGACAAUCAAAUUUCCAAUUCAGGAGCAGUCAUCAGCAAAGGAGGUCAAGUUGAUUCUUUCACUGGCGGCAUACUCUCAGGGCGGGAACUUUCACAUUCUGGUAAACGAUAACCAAAUUGCUACGAUCAACUCCUCAACACUUUCCAAUGACGGUGCACUUUAUCGAAGUUGCACGGUUGCUGGAGAGUGGAGGUAUCUUGAAUACGCCGUGGAUGCGUCUGUAUUGCGCGUGGGCGACACAAACACCGUCACGAUAUGGUUGUAUGAUAAUACCGGCAAGAACUCUGAGACAAUGGGAACAACUCAACGAGGACCCAUGUACGACGCGAUAGCUCUCGAAUGGUGA